AUGGUGAGUAUGAGCUUGGUGGGUGUGAAGCCAAGUCCUCUCCAACCCCAAUGCCCAUCUCUGCGUGUUGGAAGAAGAGCCCGUGGAGUGAUUCGGAUUCGGUGUGGAAUAGCAGAGCCGUCAGGUGAACCUGCACCUCUGGGACAAAAGACCCGCUACAAUGACGGCAUUUUCGAGAGAUCCUUUAUGAGUCUGUUCGCGCGUAAGAUGGAGAAAUACGCUGAUCCAGGAGGAGGAGGAGGAAAAGGUAGAGAGAAGAAGGGUUGGUGGGAGUGGGGGUAUGACUAUGAGAGUUUCGUGGAUGUAUCAAGGAGGGUAAUGCAGCGUCGGUCUCGUAUCCAGCAGCAGCAAGUCGUUCGAGAGGUUCUCCUCUCUAUGCUUCCUCCAGGUGCGCCUGCCCAG